UUAGUAGUGGCUUCAGUUCUAACCUAGUGGGUCACUUCGAUCAUUUAAAUACGGAUGACAAUAGUAGUAUGGAAGAAGGAGAAAAACUAUUUUCGAAUGUUAGGAAAUAUCUUGAAGAUGCUCAGACAGAUCAACAUUCGAAAAAAAAAAUUGCAGGUGGAUUGGGAUAUUUUUCUGGUAUACGUAAACUAGUGGAAUUAUAA